GACAAGAAACGAAAAUAUAGUAAUGGUGGAMAAGAAACGAAGUUUAUCCACGAAUUUACUCUAAAACCAGUAUUAAAUGGACCAGUUUGGUARCUUAGAGCUCAGUUGGGCUCAAGGCUAUGAUGGUGGAGCUGCAAGUUUUGUCAAUAAAGAAACUAUCUGCUACAUAUGUGGAAAUAUUGUAAAAUUUAUCAACAUAAAAGACAAAAGUGAAGCCUUUUUACUUAGUCCAGGGGAUGGCAUUGGAAGACUGGCUACAAACUCAACUCAUGGAGUGUAUGGCUUCUCAGAGAUGAGACCAAGUCCACAAAUUUUUGUUUACAAAUUUCCAAACUUUAGUGGACCUCAAGCAAUUCUUAAAGAUGGUGCAAAACUUUCAUACACAUCAUUGGCAUUUGCAAAUAAUAGUUCAAUUCUUGCCAGUAUUUCUGGAUUACCAGACUUUCAGUUAACCAUAUGGAACUGGGUGAAUGAGGCAAAGUUGUGUUUUAUUAAUAUAAAUCAUCAAGCCUGCAGUAAGUUAUCAUUCAAUCCCAUGAACUGGAGACAGUUAUGUACAAUUGGUAAACAAAUGCUGACAGUUUGGAAUGUAGAACAACUCGAUGACAAACAUAUCCUUACACCAAGUGUUUUCAAGCUUCCACCAGCAUCAGGAACRCCAGAUGAUGGAGAGUAUGAAGAUUUAAGCCAAUCAAUCAGUAGAAUGGGAAGAGCAUUUACUACAGAAGAGUUCAGACUUACUAAGGCUGCUAUUGGUGGAAUUGUUGGUAAAGAAUCUCUUGACUAUGAGCCAGGAGAGAAGAUUCAGAGAUGUGAGCCUGUGAGUAAUUGUUGGACUCCUCAUGGCAUUAUUUAUUGUGGAUGUACUGGUGGCCAGCUUCUUAGAGUUGAUGUUGACUCAAGUGUGGUUAAAGUAGUAGCAACACCAAGUCAUGAACAACAAAACCGAAAUAGAACAGACACUAUUUCCCAUUUAGUGAGAAAAAACACUAUGGAGGUUCUAGAAGAAGAGCAAGAAGGAGAAGACAACGAGAUGAUUUCCAUCCCUCAAUUUACAUAUGGAUGCACAAACUGCCUUGCCUUGCAUAAAAAUGGUCUUUAUAUAGGUGGACAGGAUGGUAUAUUGAGAUGUCUGGACAUUAAUGGAAAAGUUGUUAAUAUACUUAGUACCACUGAUAUAGGAGCACCCAUUACCAGUCUUGCAUGGUCAAAAUCUUACUCUGAACUGGCAAUUGGUAGUACAAAGGGAAGUAUGCAACUAUACCAGCCUGAAGGAAACAAGCUGACACAGUUUUUUGAUGUAAAUAAUGUAGAGUUAAUUGGCGUUGACUCUUUGCUUGGUGGAACAGAUUAUUGUGUGACAUGCAGAUCCAAUGGUCAUUUGCAAGUUUGGGAUAUCCAGAAUUCUACACUGAUUAGCCAACUCCACCUUGAUUGUCAUACCACYUGCAUGGCAUGUUGUCCAUCAUCAAGUACUGUUGCCAUAGGAACAGCAAAUGGAUAUGUUUACUUUGUUGAGAUGACAGUUGUCAACAAGCCACGGCCUAUAGCAUGUGUGCACGUUCAUGAAGGACCAGUACAGCAGAUAUGCUAUGAUCUGCUUGGUCAAAUUUACCUGACAGGAUCUAAUGAUGGCCAUGUCUUUGUAUGUGAUGCAAGGGUUACAAAUAACUUUAAAGUUCUGGGACAUAUCGAUGUCCAAGGUAGUGUUACAUCAAUAAGUUGCCUUAAUGCACAAGAUAACAAUUCCCAAGGGCCAUGGAAGGUAGUUGUUGCUUAUGAUGAAAACAAUUCUUCUCAUGCUAGUAAGAUGGUGGAGUUUGAAGUUACAAAAGAAAUUCUUUAUCGCAAUCCAAGAGAUGCCUUUGUCAAUAAAGCUUUGCUGUACCGUAAUGAAGCUAUCAAGUUAUCAUCCCAUAAACUAGCCACRCCUAUUUAUAGCGUCAUGGUAACAUCACAACAGACUGCAUUGGCUAUAGGUCGCCACCGUAAGGAGUUAAUCAAACUACCACUAACACAGGAAGCCCUGGAACCCAAUAAUGAAAGCCAGUUACUGAAGUCAUYAGAAGCGUACAUUGGACAUGAUCUUCUUGGAGGUAAUCUGACUCUCUCUCCACAUCUUCGGUGGAUGGCAAGCGCGGGUACUGAUGGACAAAUAUUACUUCGAGCAGUCGGAGCAUUGGAUCGUACCAUCAAGAUUCCCGCACAUCAUUAUCGAAAGGGUGGAGUCACACACGUGUGUUUUACUGGUGAUUCACAAAAACUACUCAGUACCGGUGGGGAUGGGGUUCUKGCAUGCUGGUCUUGGAAUUUUAGUCCAACAGGUAAAAGUAAAGCCACCGCUGCACUUGAUGCUGCAAGAGCAAGAUCAACAGCAUUAACAAGUCAAAGGAAGGACGAAGAUGCUGCAGCUGCAAACAGAUCACUGUAUGUCCCCACGACUACUUCAUUCAUUGAGAAGUCGACAAUAGAAGCAACGGAAAAACAGAAAAAGAUCGAAAAAGAUGGUAUUUUCACCACACCUACACCUACACUUGGGGAAGAGUCAACUUGGCUGCAAAAGGCUGUGGCAGAGGCUCAGCGGGAAGAAGACAAAAAGUUUUCUGACAUUAAGCGAAAACUGCGAAAAGACAUYUCAGACCUACGUAAUUCCGUGCUACAAAUGAUYGAAAUCAAUGGUCAGCUGCCAGACAUCGAGAAAUUAGAGAGACACGAGUUCACUCUCGACGUAGAAGAAAGGCAGAAGCUAAUAGCUGAAGGAGAAGAAACUAUAAAASAGAUAAGAGAAGAAAUUGAAAUGGCAAACUUAGCUCGUAUCUAUCUAAAAGAAAUGAUUAAAAAAGAAUGUUGGGAUGCUAUGGUAGUUAAAGGUCGUUCUUGUAACGCAUUCCGYACCACAUUAUCCGUGACCAACUAUCCUAUGAGAGAAAGAACCAAAGAAGACCUCGAAGAGCUUCAGUAUGUCCUUACGCAAAGAAACAUCGAGAAAGCAGAGUCUGAAGCAAGCAAAGAUCUUACUCCUGGUCCGCCCUCUACCAGGAACACACCUCUACCUGAGGAAAGAUUAGACUUCGAGGAUGAGGACGUUUACGAAGAMGACAAGGAAACAUCGGGUACCAACCCUGCUACUUCUGGCAGUAGAGGAGCAGCUUAUGGUGGUGCCAGUGAACUUCUACAAAGUCAGUUUCAGCUACAUAACACGCAGCAAAAGUACAACCAGAUCGUCUUACUGAAGGAUGCCAUCCAUCGCAUCAAGCUUAACUUCAAUAAAGAAUUCGAGGAGACGUAUAAGUUGAAAGAAAGCGAAGUCAAGAAAAUUCAAGAAAAAAAUGAACGAAUUAAAAAGAUUCUUUCAGACCUUGACAUGACUGAAAAGAUAUUUGAACCAACAUUGAGUGAUGACGAAAUCCCUGAAAGAAUUCUCGAAGUUAAAGAUGAUGAGAUUCCAUUCAAAAAGUUUAUAUCUCCUGARGAGAAGAAAAAGAUGGAAGAACAAGAGAAAAUAGAAGAAGAGAGGCGAUUGGCAGAACAAGCGGACAACGCACGUGAACGCGCCUURAUGAUGAUGAUGCACGGACGUCUUGAGGCAAAUCUCGAGGACGAACUCAAGAAAGACCUUGUYCCCCCUGACUUCAUGGUCRGCAAACCGCAAGAUGAAUGGAGCGAAGAAGAACAAAAGGCCUCGAAAGACUUUGAAAAGAAACAGCAACAGCAUUUAGAAGACCGUGAAAAAUGGAAAAAGUCAUUGGAAACUGAGCUGAAGAAGCUGCAAUCCAGCAUCAACGAGGCGACCACAGCUUUUGACGAAAAGCUAGCGUUACUGUUCCAAAAGAAAGUUAAAACAGAGAUGGUCAUUUAUCAGGAAGGUCUAAAGGUUCUUCGACUUCAAGUCUCUAUUCUUACUGAAGAAGAACUCGAUUGUCAGGAGAAAGAAUUACUGCGUCGUAUGGAGGAAAAGAAAGAGAAGAAGUCUAAUGUUUCGUCGGCUCAAGCCGAGGCGAAGCGCUCUGUCGAUGAGUAUCGUGAUGGUUAUGAGGUUCUGGUUGCGGAGGAUAAGGCACUCGACAAAGCMUUUAAACGAGAGUUUAUAGAUCAGGAUGCACAUACUGUGGAGCAGCUAUAUAAACUGUUUAAACGACGGCCAAGGGGUCAGAAGCAACUGCGCGCCGUAGCCGAGUCCCAUGGAGACAUUCCUGYCCAAGGUGGAAGUCCAUACAGUCCAAGGCCUUCUUCAUCUCGUGCCCAUUCUGCUGCGGCUAAGCAUUUCGACAAAGCCAUGGUGGAGCUUGAUAGCGAGGAGCACAUGCCCGAGGGUGUUGACUUGGACGUCUGGCAGAGACUUGUAGAUGUCCGGAGACAGAAAGUUGAAAGCGAACAGCAGGUGAAGGCAAAAGCACUGGUAUUGGCAGAGAUGAAUGCUUUUCUUCAGAAACGAGUUGACGAGGAUGAUAGAGUCCAACUCGAGAUGGAGCACACGUUUCAAGAACUACAAAGAUUACGCGAAGAAAAAAUCAAAUUCCUUGUCAACCUUGAGGUUCAGCUAUUGCUAAAGCAAGGACAGGUUGAAGUUCCYACAGGACCGUUCAUUACAGACUAUGCAGACAGCAUUCUUGUGCAUCGUUCCGUUGUAGAAGACCUUAAUGCCCAGAUUACAAAUCUUGGGAAAGGGAAGGUAUCAAUAAUGGAAGACAGCAAGGAAUUUAGAAAGGGCAUUCAUGGAUUAGAAUGGGAACAUCGUAAAAUGUAUAUGCAGGCUGAAGAUCUUCAGACGAAAGCGCGAGACAUUCAAUUAUUGCGAGUAACUAAAGAUCUACAGCAGUUUUUGGCUGAGGGUGAUCAUCAAGCUCGUCAACAAAAAGAAAUAGCAACUCUUGAACAAACUUUGUCUUUGUUUGAGAAGAUGCAUGACCGCAAUGUGAACGACCGUAAAGACACAAUCAAAGGAAUUAAGAAAGUCAUACGUAAGAAAGAGCUUGAAAAUGCAAAACUUGAUCAGGACCUUGAAGAACUGGCUUUAUCUGUUGCAGAAAGACGAAACGUCAAUGAAAUGAACGCUGAACGGCGGAGUGAUACUGGUGCUGAACGUCGAUACCAGGACAUUGUAGCGCGCCGUAAACUCGUGGACUUGGCCAAGGCACAGGCCUCAGAGAUUGCUGUAUUAAGAGCUGAAGUAGAACGUUUACGUAUGCGAACAUUCCCGGCUCUUGUUCAAGUAGAACGCUAACAAUCAGCGAUAAAAUAUUACAAGUAUUUAGGUUUGGCAUAGAUUCAAAAUGUAUACACUUAAACCACGUUCUCCAUGCCAUCGAUCUACUGAUUGUUAAGUGUCUAGUUUCGCCUGUUUUUGAUCAAAUGUAAUUUGUGUAAAUAUCAAAAUAAAACGCACCAAUUUGA